AGCCUCUCUCUGCAUGUCCCAACAUGUUGAUGUUAUGGUGGGCGGAGCCCCGGAGGAGGGCGGGGGCGGUGAGCGGCGGGUCGCGCGCUGUGGGCGUGGUCUCCAGGUCUCCGCUCUAAGCGGGCGUGGCUUGUCCAAGUUGGCUGCUGGCGGCUCCAGUUGUGCUGUUUAGUGGAAACUCUGUGAGGCGAGUGUGCGGUGCGCUCCGUGAGGACUGCGGGAGAACUCCGUGCGAACCCCCGGACAACCGGGAGAAACCCAUGGUGCUUACUGUAUGAAGCCAAUGUCACUGCUCUGAGCCCGAUAACAAUUUAUAAAAAAAAAAUAAAAAAUAUGGCGCGACCACUUCAUGACGGGAAUACCUCCAAGCCCGUGGGAAAUAUCCGGGCAGAAGCCGGCCGUAAUUUCCCCUCCGACGUCAGUGCCUGCGAAGCCUCUUCUUCUACAAUCUGUGAACAGAACUUGCCAGUGAGCCAUCCCGCUGCCCCCGCCUCCCACUCCUUAUCGCCCGUCUGCCAGAGACGCCCUGCUCCCCACUUCCAGAACAGACUUGAAAUGGUUAACAGUUGCGACCCCGAACCUUCCUCGACCCCCUUUGAACAGAGGCAUUGCUCUUACCCAGAAUCCUUCAGCACAGGAGAAACCACUGCCUACGGUCUCAGGCAUACAGUUCACGAACACUCCAGGGUGCGGAUGGACACAGACGUAUCUAACCAGAAUGACGCCCAAGGAGAUCGCCCCUUGGCAGGAGAAGUACCCUUAGAACGGGAGAUCGCCCUACGCCUGCGCAGGAUUGGGGACCAAAUGAAUGAACGGUAUCUGCAAAGGAGGCAGGUUGCACAGCGGCAAUGGUGGGGACCCCUGCGCUGGCAUCUCACCCAAAUCAUCUCAGAGAUUGUGGCUGCCUUGUACAAUCCGCUUGUGGACAUUUUACCGCAGAACUAAGGCGGCUUGUGCCAUUUGGACUUACUGGUACAAUAAAAGAAUUGGGUAUUUCUCCGAUGCCUACAGUCACCAACUUCUGCUGGCUGGAAGCCAAGUGACCUGUAGAGCCUCCGUGGACUGUACCACGCUGAAGUCCAUUGGGCGUCGAGACAAUGAUUUAGAAGCGUCCGCGACUCUUCCAGCGAUAUUGUCAGAUAUCUGUUUUGACCUGUGGGGAGGCGUCGGCUGGCGUCCAUAAGGGACAUGGCGGAUAUGGUAAAUGCCUUAUCUUCCUACCUUCACUGGCAGACUUUUUUUCGUGUGGAAUCAAAAAUGGGUUUUCUUCAGUUAAGACGUUGUGAGAUGGUGGUCACACUAAUGGGGGAUAUUGGGAAAUGUGGAUUCAGUGGUGUUGUUGAAGUGAAGGCGUUCUGAAGAGUUUAGGUGAAAUAAAACUAUGGCACAUUCUUUAAAGUAAAAAUGUAAGAAAAAAAAAUUUAAAAAAAAGUUUCUACUGAGUACAUGGAAACAUUUCUAGCCGCCAUCUUGGCACCUGGUUGGGGUGGGGGAGAUUCCUGUGCGGUCAUGCCCCCCUGCUAAUGCACUCAUAUCUGUGGCUGGAAAGGGUGACUUCUCUGAGCCAUACACUGCCCUUGUAGCCAAAUUGUGGAAAUCUAGACAAGCCAUACAGAAAUCUUGCUGGCCUCUCCUUUUUUUGCAUGCUUUGAUUGGCCCAAGAAUCCGAAUUUCAUAUACAUAGAGCUCAGCAUGUUGCCACUUCUGUACUAACCUACGUUCCUGAUAGCACUUAAAGAAAAAACGAAAAACUUCUUGUUUCUUCUCCAAGUUAAAUGCCUGACCCUAUAAAGCUUUGAUACAGAAACUUUUUUUAUGUUAUCCUUUCCUACAACAGACCCGUUUUUUUGAUAUUCGUGGAAGAAUAGAAAAUUCCAGGAAAAAAAUGUAACUGUAAAAAAAAAAAAGAACAAAGCUUAUUUAUUAUUUUUUGUUAUUUAUGUUUUUUUACCCCUUUUUAUUUGUAAGAGGAAGAAUCUUUUUUUUUUUGUUUUUUUUUAUCUCAUAGGGAAUGAGAAUUAUGAGGGUGUUUUUUUUUUUUGUUUUCACGUUCUCUCUGAGGGAAGAUACGUUUUUACCUCCGUCCUUACUUAAAGGAAGGAUGUAAAGUAGAUGUAUAGCGAUUGUUAAAGUGUGAGGACAGUGGAUCAUCUGCUGGCGGCCUUAUGUGCACUAUAAAUUUCUCUGUAGGGCUUAUGUAACCAGGCAUCUUAAUAUUGCUCUGUUUUCUGAGAACUGUCAUGUUGGCAACCAAUCACAGUUGAGCUUUCAUUUUCUGAACUACACUGGAUUAACCAAAGCUAAGCGCUGAUUGGUCGCUGUUUACAGAUGUAGGAACUGACUUAAGGUGGUCUGAACGGAACCUUAUAUGAAAUUGUUUACAUGAAUUAUUCAGCAACAGAUUAAAAAAUUCACAAAAAACGACAUGAAAUGACCGACGAGAGACUUUUUUUUGGCCGUCUGAAAACUGAAGUUGUUGCCUUUGGCAUCCAAUAUUUGUCCCAGUGCAGACACAUUUGGUUGCUAGGGGUUACUAUCCUACUGCUUGGGGUUGUUAUUGAACAAAACGGUGCUAUCGCCUAUGGUAUCCAAUCCGAUUCCCACAAAGGGACAGCAUUUUCAAUCAAGGAUCUGGUCCAUAGGCAUGGGUAUAUAUAAUUUUUCUUGUUUAUAUACAACCCACUUGUUUCGGCCAUGAUGGAAUGAUGUUUAUUAGUAACUUUAACACACAAGUCCUAUUUUAGAAGAGAUUUAAAAAAAACUAGUGCAAAAAGUGACGUUUCCUGUAGUAGCCAAUGAGGUUGCUGCUUAAAUCUACUAAGUAAUAAGCUGGAAUCUGAUUGGCUGACAAAGGUAACUGUUUUUUUUUUUUUGUUUGUUUUAAUUCUAGAUACUUUAACUUUUAGUCUCUCUACCGAAGACCUAUAUAUAUAUAUAACCACUGAGUCUGUUUCUGCAUAGGGAUUGACGAUCCCUUCUGGAGCGAUAUAAAGAUGCCUAUGUCCUUGUUAAAAAAAAUUGCACUUCCUGGUUACAUCUAAGUCCUACUUGUAAGAAUAAUUUGAUGUCUUAUAAACAAGUAAAUUUGGGGAUCUAAAUAAAGGGCUAGUCCAAACCUGACCUAUGCGGCCAUGACGGAGGUGAUAUUCUCUUUCUAUAUACCGUUUUUUUAGUUCCAUCACAGCAAUAUUUUUCUUCUUCCAGCCCCAACCCCCGAUCCAUUGCAAUCUCACUGUGCAUGAUAUGGCGCCCCCUGUAGGCUAAUGCCAGGUUCAGGUCCCAUAGUUCAUCCCCAUGUACCAGUGGCAGAGUUUAAUACAGUUAUUCUUAAGAGAAACAGAAAAUAAAAAUCACUUUAAGGUUAAGAUAAUUAAAUUUUAUUUUUAUUUGUACAGUUUAUGAAAUGUUCACUAUAUUUUUGUUUACAGUCAGAGAUGCUGAGAGAAAACGGAGACGAAGUAUAUUUAUUUCUUGGUAGUCCACAUGCAUAUUCCGUACAAUAAUCUGUCACAUUUCACAGCAAAUCCUUCCACUAACCCACAUAACAAGCUGUAUCGGUCCCCUGUCAGGGCAGAAUCCGGGGGACUUCUCACUCAAGGGGCUGUUAUAUAUGUAAAUACUGUACAUCUGUGAAAUGUAAACAUCUUUUUUCUUUUUUUUCUUUUUUUUUUUUUCUUUUGUUCUGUAUCUUUUGUGAUUGCGUUCUUUUUGUACAUGGAUUUUGUAUUUCUUUUCAAUAAAAUUUGGAUCUGAAUUAUA